AUAUUCUCUUUUCUCUACUAAAAACAAAACCAGAGAGACUCAGAGAGGCAGUGGGAAUGGAAUUACACUCGUUACUCCUUGGUCAAGCCUUUACCUUUGCCCUUAUGUGACCCCUCUCUCUCUCUCUCUCUCUCUCUCUGACUGACAAAUACGCUUUCAUCAUCUUCUUCUUCAUCUAAUCCCCACCAAACCCUUCAUCGGUUUCUUCAUGGAUCGGAAACUCGUCUCCUCGCCGGUCCUGUGGAAGCUCUCCGAUCUGCUUCUCAACGAGUCUGUCCCAUUUCUUGGAUUAGAAGAUCAGCUCGAAAGCAUCGAGAGUAAGCUCAGAGAUAUUGUUAACUCUGACUUCUUUGAUUGCAAGAGGGACCUUGUUUAUGACAUUGAAGAGGUCAUCGAUUUCUUGCUCCAAAAAGCUGCUCACAGAAGCCAAACAGGUACCCUUUUCCAAUAUUUUUCGGGUUUCUUUGAUUCUAUCGAUCAACGCACGCUUCGUAAGAAGUUGGAUCGAAUCAGGCUUGAAAUUUUUCGUUCUACUGAUAAAUUAAGUCGCCGGAAGGUAAUGGAGUCAUGGCCUGCUUCUUCGUCGUCUUCUUCGUCUUCAACGAGGAAGCAGCUUGAUGUGGGUGAGAGUAUUAUGUCUCCUGUAAUCAGGAAAGUUAUUGCCCUAGCUAGUCACAGUCAAAUUAGCCCUUCGGUGAGAAGGCAAGCCAGAUGGGUAAGAGAUGAAAUGAGGUUCUUGCAUGUUUUUGUCAAGGAUUUAGAGUCCAAAGAAUUGAGAGGAGAAGAAAUGGCUUGGAUGGAAGAAGUUUCCCUGUUUUCUCGCUCGGCGGAGGACGUUAUUGGGCUCUUCUUGUCUCAGUGGGAGCAGACCAAGAAGUCUCCUUUCAAGCAUAUUGCUUCGGCUUCCUGCAAAUUCAAGUCACAGCGUAAGCUUCGCAAGGAGAUGAAUCAGAUGAAGAUUAAAGUUCAAGAAAUCAUCAAAAGGUUUGGUAAACUCCCACAUCAAAUGUAUAUGCCACCUCCCCGAUUUCCUCCAAAUUUACCACCACCACCUCCUAUUCCUUUUCAACCCAACUUUCCUGGUCGGUUUGUUCCCAAUAUUCCAGGAGAUGCAACCUCAUUGUCUUCUUUUGAUGAUGAUGAUUUUGCCGAUGAAUUUGAUGAAAUAGAUGAUGGAACACCGCCCCCUCCUGAUGAACAAUCUCAGCAACCUGGUUUCAAUAACUUUGAUGGCAAUGCCGGUGCUUCCUCCUCAUCAUCUUCUCGCAGAGCUGAACAACCUGAUAUUACUGGCUUCGAUAGCAAUAUGGAUGAUAUUAUGGAGUUAUUGCUCAGAGGUGAUCCAGAUUGUCUUACAGUUUCACUUCUGGGUAUGGAAGGCAUUGGUAAGACAAAGCUUGCUAAGUCUAUUUAUGAAAAUCCUGCUAUUAGAGAUCAUUUUCCUCAUCGUGCUUGGGUCAGUUGGGUGCGUGACUCUAAUAUCAAUCGCCUUAUGGAACAAAUAGUAGGGCCUCAGUAUUUAAACAUUAGACUUGUGAAUGGGGAUUGGGAUGAUUAUUUAUGCAGGUUGAGGCGGAUGCUGAAUGAUUACUUGAUGGAUAAGAGGUAUCUCAUUGUUAUUGAUGGGUUAUCCUCUAAGGUCUUAUGGAAUCAACUUGGAGCUGCAUUUGAUGGCCUAUCAAAUGGGACUAGAAUAAUUUUCAUUUCUUCCAAAUUAGGGGUAACUCCAGAAAGCAGUGAGAGAAACUUCACUUACAGGUUGCAAUUGUGGAGUGAUGAUGACAGCUGGGCAUUGUUUGUUCGUUCUCUGAAUGUGAACAUCCCCUUAGAGCUGCUAGAACUGAAAAAGAAGGCAAUUUUGAGAAUUUGUGGGGGGUUACCAAAGGCAAUUGUGAAACUUGCAGAACUUCUGGCAAGGGAAAAUACAUUUGCAGAGGACUGGUCAAGGGUGAUUGAGAAAUUCAAUAGAGAUGAAGGACCUUGGUCAGGAACCUUGCAGGAGAUCAACAAAAAUUUGCCAUUGUAUUUGAGGAGAUGUCUCUUUUAUUUUCGAUUAUUCCCUGAGCACUACGAGAUUCCCGUGAGAAGAUUGAUUGGAUUAUGGGUUGCAGAGGGUUUUGGGCACCAAAGCAAUGAUAAAGAGUCUCCAGAACGUGUCUCAGAGAAAUGUUUGAUAGAGUUAGCUAACUGGAGCACAAUUCAAGUUACAAAGAAAAAACUAAAUGGAAAAUUUAGGACAUGUCGCUUGCCUGAUGCUCUGCGAGUGCACUGGCUAUUAAAAACCAAGGAGGCUAAAUUUCUGCAAGAUAAUGGCCAUAUUGGUGGCAAUUUGUCCACCAGCAGUGGUACAAUAUAUCGACUUGUUGACCAUCUUGACCGUAGGCAUGCCAGCUUUGAUCAUAUCCACGGAGACAAUGCUACUCCCUCAUCUCUGUACUCCUGUUAUAAAGAUACUGUAUCAUUUCUAUCCUUUGAUGGUCAAGAAGGAAGCAGACCUGGAGAAGAUGUAGGGAAUUUUCUUCAACGAUGCAUCUUAAGCAAGUGUUUCAGUUCUCUAUGGGUGCUAGAUCUUGAACAUGUGUACAAGCCAAAAUUGCCCAAGGCAGUAGGCCAGUUAGCUCGAUUGAAGUACCUUGGCUUGAGGUCAACAUACCUGGAAAUGCUUCCUGUGUUUAUUAACAAAUUGCCAAAGCUUCAAACGCUGGAUUUGAAGCAUACUCACAUCAAUGCUCUCCCCAGUUCCAUAUGGAUGAUGCAGGAAUUGCGACACUUAUUCCUUGAUGAGAGUUCCUGCUGCACAUUUGUGUCUCAACCAAAAGGCAGCUGCUUAGUGGAUCUCCAAACACUUUGGGGUGCAUUUGUAAAUGAGGAUAGCCCAGUGAAAGAUGGCCUGGACACAUUUCUGAACGUCACAAAAUUGGGUUUGACAUGCAAGAUAUCAGAGCCAUCUCAUAAUGAGGCAAUGUCCUCUCAACUUGAUGCUGUAGCAAAUUGGGUUCUAAAGCUAAAUCAUCUGCAAUCUUUGAAGUUGAAAUCAUUUAAUGAAUCAGGUCAGCCAUCGGAUCUACACUUAGAGUCAUUAGCAGAUUACAUGGAUCUGUCCAGUAUACAUUUGGUUGGAAAUCUGAGGACUCAGAGUCUUGUGUCAGAGUUCCCACAAAACCUCAUUGAGCUCACUUUGUCAGCAUCUGGACUAGUGGAAGAUCCAAUGCAAUCAUUGGGCAGGCUUCCCAACCUCAGAAACGUGAGGUUAUUCUCUGGGGCCUACGCCGGAAAGAAAAUGGUUUGCACUUUUGGAGGAUUUCCUAAGCUUCAAGUCCUCAAAGUCUGGGAGCUAGAGCAACUAGAGGAAUGGAAUGUAGAGGAAGGGGCACUGCCUAGUCUGAAAUGCCUGGAAAUCAGAUCCUGUAGAAAUUUGGGGAUGGUUCCUGAUGGAUUGCAGUAUGUCAAGACUCUAUGCAAAUUAAAAUUAGCAAAUAUGCCGGUGUUGUCAGCAAGGAUUAAGGAUAAUCAAGGUGAGGAUUGGGAUAAAGUUGCUCAUGUACUCCAUGUGUACACAGAAAGCUGAUUAUGCUGAGGAGUAAACCCAUUACCGAAUUUGUUCCAGGAUUCAUAAUUCAUACUUAAUUGCUGGUGGUAUUUUGAUGCACCUGGAGAUCUUCUAUUGGCUUCUUUUUGUGUACUUGUGCAAAUAGGAAAUAUGUGCUGAAUAAUCUUAUCGUUUAUAUAAUACUAACAGGGGCAUAUGGGAUGGUGAAAGUUGGUUGCUAAGGUAGCUUUGGAUGAAAAUUUAGAAGGUGUGUUUUGAUCUUUCCUCUAAAGUGGCAUCAAUGCUUCUCAUUUCAGCUGUUUUGAUUAGCUGCAGCCUAUGUAUUAGUCCUGUAAUUUGAUGAAAUUAUUGUUGCUGCUGCUUCUGCUGA